AUGGAUAUUAAAUCUGCAUUUUUCAAUGGGGAUUUAAAAGAAGAAGUUUUUGUUGCUCAACCAAAAGGAUUUAAAGAUCCAUUAUUUCCAUAUCAUGUCCUCAAACUCAAAAAGGCUUUAUAUGGCCUAAAACAAGCCCCGGGAGCUUGGCCAAAGAUGGCUAUUGCAGAGUUCACUUUAUCCAAUUUGACCGUAUCACAUGCUGUUUCGGAGUCAACUAAUGUCAGCGAGAUGAUUAGUGUGGUGAAACAAUGGAAGAUCACAUGUGAUCAAUCACGAUUUGGAGUUGGGUUUUUCAUUCACUACUGCAUCUCCAAAGGGAUCGAUGUGGUGAAGUUUAACAUCCAGUUUAAGAUUGUUGUUGAUUCUGUUCCAUAUUCUUCUUCGGUUGCUCCUUAUUCGUCAUCAUCAAGUUGUGUUUCAACCAACGAUGUAGAUAUUGUAGAAGAUUUUAUGGAUGAUUCAUCUUUGGUCAAAAGGGUCCCCAAGAAGUCAGAUGCUUGGGCCAACAUCUUAAUCGGAGUAGGGAAGGUUUUUGAAAGUAAAAUUGAUUGUCAUGAUACUGUUAAGAAGUAUGAAUAUCAUAGUGGUUACAAACUUGAAGUACGUAAGAGUGACAAGAAACGUUACAUUGUGCGUUGUUUUAACAAGAAAAGUCAAAGUUGUAGCUGGAGGUUUCAUGCAUCUCUCGUUGCCAAUAUUAAAGGUGUGUUUCAGUGCAAGACGUUUCACGGAGAGCAUGCAUGUGAUUUAGCUUCUUCUGAUCCAGCAAAAGUCAUGAUGACAAAGUCUUUUCUGAAGGAUAUCUUAAUAGAUGAAUUUCGAGCAUCAAAGAAGAAGAAGACUGCAGCUGAUGUCCAAGAUCUGCUCCAUCAGGAAUAUGGUAUUGAUCUCAAAUAUAGUCAGGCAUACCAUGGUUUACAGUUCACUAAAGAGUCUCUUUGGGGUGAUGACAUCAAGUCCUAUUCAUACUUUGUUUGGUACAAAUACUCAAUUGAACGUUAUAAUCCUGGAAGCGUCGUCAACUUUGAGUAUGAUGGUCUAACAAAGCAGUUCCAGAGUUUUUUUGUUGCUUUCGAAGCUUCCAUCACUGGUUUCAAUAACUACUAUCGUCCGAUGUUAUUUAUUGAUUGUACUUUUCUCACUGGGAAGUUUAAGGGAGGUCUUAUGGUUGCUUGCGGGAAAACUGGUAACCAAGAGAUCUAUCCAGUUGCUUUUGGUAUUGUACCUUGCGAAAAUUGUGAGAGUUGGGAAUGGUUCUUAACCAACCUGAAGAGUAUUAUUAAGGAAGACCGUCCACUGACCAUCAUAUCAGACCGCGGAGCUGGCCUUUUGAAGCAUGUCCCUAUUAUCUUCCCAAAGGCUUACCAUUCUUACUGUUUGUACCACAUGAAAGGUAAUAUUCCGGUUCCAAAGGGUAAGAACAGGAAAACUGCUGUGAAGUUGUUUGAAGAGUGCUACACUGCCUUAACAAAGGAGAAGUUUUUUGCUGCUGCCAAGAGUAUGAGCAAUCUCAAGCUUGAUUCAGUGAUUGAUUGGAUGGUAAAUAUUCCAUUCGAGAACUGGGCAGCUCAUGCUUUUCAAGGAGAAAGGUUUGGUGAGAACACAUCGAAUAUUGUGGAGAGUUUUAAUAGUGUUAUCAAUCAUGAUAAGCGGCUUCCAGCACUUGAGCUUGUGGAUUGUAUUCGUGCUAAAGUAAUGGAGCAGAACUACAAGAGGUUGGUGGAGUCUAGUAAAUGGAAUUCAAGACUUACUCCCCGGAUGCAAGCUAGGCUCAACAAGAGGGUUACCGACUGCCGUUUCUACCAGUUCAGAAGAUCAAGUGAUAAAGUCUUUGAAAUAAUUUCUCCUACUGGAAAGCACACGGUUGAUUUGGAUGCUAGGACUUGCACUUGCAAUUGGUGGCAGAAGCAUAGUUUCCCUUGCACCCAUUCGAUGAAAGCUAUGUUGCAGAUUGGGCCAGACGAACCUUACAAGCACAUCAGUCUGUAUUAUACCAUUGAGUACUAUAGAGGUUUGUAUGCUCUUCCUAUCUAUCCUAUUCCCGACCAUGAGAAGCCGCCUAAAAUUAAUGAAGAAGGUUAUGUCUUGCCUCCCAAUGGUGGUCGAGCGUCAGCUGGAAGGACAACUACUUCAAGGUACAGGGGUUCUCGAGAGAAAAUUCGCAAGAAAAGGAAGUGUGGCCAGUGUGGGAGACUUGCCUUCCACAACCAUCGUAGAUAUCGCAGAGCUCCUUUGGUUCCUCGUGCACCAGUGUUUCGCAUGGAGUCUAAUUCCAGGAUGAUCAACUUUUUGAGGAGGAUGUUGUUCUGGAGUUUUACUGGAUGA